AUGAACCGGGCGCAUCAGGAGUUUUUGAAGAACAUGAAUGGGUUUCAGGGAGUGCCACCAAAGCCGAAAAUUCUAGCUGCUAAACCAAUUGAACCAGUUCCUGAUGAUGUUCCAGAGCGCUUUGACUGGCGAAGUAAAGGAGCAGUUACUCAUGUCAAGGAACAAGGGCAGUGUGGAGCAUGCUGGGCCUUUAGUACUACUGGAUCAUUAGAGGCGCAAAUAUUCAAAAGGACUGGGAAGCUUGUUCCCCUCAGUGAGCAAAACCUCAUCGACUGCUCAAAGACGCACGGAAAUUUUGGUUGCUACGGUGGGUGGAUGAAGAAUGCAUUCCAAUAUAUCCAAGAAAAUGGAAUUGAAACAGGAGAGGCAUACCCCUAUGAACAAAAGGAUGGAGUGUGUCGCUACAAUUCCUCUAACAUUGGAGCCAUCAUUACGGGAUAUGAAUCUGUCACGAAAGAUGAGAGAGAACUAAAGAGAGCGGUGGCUACCAUCGGACCGAUCUCCAUUGCCAUCAAUGAUUCUCCCUUGUCCUUUCAGUCAUAUGAACAU